ACAUCCACCACUAACACAGCGGAAACAUCUCCAACAACAGAGACUUCCACAAUCACAACAACUGCACCAGAAACCUCUACCACUAGCGCAGCAGAUACAUCUACAACAACUGAGACAUCCACAAUCACAACAAGUGUUCCUGAAACAUCCACCACUAAUGUAGCAGAAACAUCUACAACAACUGAGACUUCCACAAUCACAACGACUGCUCCUGAAACCUCCACCACUAGUGCAGCAGAAACAUCUACCACAACGGAGACUACCACAGUCGCAACAACUGCUCCUGAAACAUCCACCACUAGCACGGCAGAAACAUCUUCAACAACAGAGACUUCCAAAAUCACAACAACUGCACCAGAAACGUCCACCACUAGCGCAGCAGAUAUAUCUACAACAACUGAGACAUCCACAAUUACAACAACUGCUCCUGAAACGUCCACCUCAAGUGCUGCUGAAACAUCUACCACAACUGAGACUUCCACACUUGCAACGACUACUCCUGAAUCGUCCACCACUAGCGCAGCAGAAACAUCUUCAACAACUGAGACUUCCACAUUUGCAACGUCUUCUUCUGAAACGUCCAAAACUACCGCAGCAGAAACAUCUACCACAACUGAGACUUCCACAGUCGCAACAACUGCUUCUGAUAUAUCCACCACCAGUGCAGCAGAAACAUCUACCACAACUGAGACUUCCACAGUCGCAACGACUGCUCCUGAAACCUCCACCAAUAGUGCAGCAGAUACAUCUACCACAACUGAGACUUCCACAGUCGCAACAACUGCUCAUGAAACAUCCACGACUAGCGCAACAGAAACAUCUACCAAAACUGAGUCUUCCACAGUCGCAACAACUGCAGCUGAAACGUCCACCAUUAGCACAGCAGAAACAUCUACCACAACUGAGACUUCCACUAUCACAACAACUACUUCUGAAACAUCCACCACUAACACAGCGGAAACAUCUUCAACAACAGAGACUUCCACAAUCACAACAACUGCACCAGAAACCUCCACCACUAGCGCAGCAGAUACAUCUACAACAACUGAGACAUCCACAAUCACAACAACUGAAACGUCCACCACUAGCACAGCAAAAACAUCUACCACAACUGAUACUUCCACACUUGCAACGACUGCUCCUGAAACAUCCACCACUAGUGGUGCAGAAACUUCUGCCACAACUGAGACUUCAACAGUCGCAACGAAUGCUCCCGAAACCUCCACCAAUAGUGCAGCACAAACAUCUGCCACAACGGAGACUACCACAGUCGCAACAACUGCUCCUGAAACAUCCACCACUAGCACAGCAGAAAUAUCUCCAACAACAGAGACUUCCACAAUCAAAACAACUGCACUAGAAACAUCCACCACUAGCGCAGCAGAUUUAUCUACAAUAACUGAGACUUCCACAAUCACAACAACUGCACCAGAAACGUCCAUCACUACCGUUGCAGAUGCAUCUACAACAACUGAGACAUCCACAAUCACAAUAACUGCUCCUGAAACGGCCACCACAAGUGCUGCAGAAGCAUCUACCACAACUGAGACUUCCACACUUGCAACGACUGCUCCUGAAACGUCCACCACUACCGCAGCAAAAACAUCUACCACAACUGAGACUUCCACAGUCGCAACGACUGCUCCGGAAACAUCCAAUACUAGUGCAGCAGAAACAUCUACCACAACUAAGACUUCCACAGUCGCAACGACUGCUCCUGAAACAUCCACCACUAGCACAACAGAAGCAUCUACCACAACUGACUCCUCCACAUUCGCAACGACUCCAGCUGAAACGUCCACCACUAGCACAGCAGAAACAUCUACCACAACUGAGACUACCACAAUCACGAGUGCUCCUGAUACAUCCACCACGAGUGCAGCAGAAACAUCUACAUCAAUUGAGACUUCCACAGUCACAACAACUGAACCUGAAACAUCCACCACUAGCACACCAAAAACAUCUCGAACAAAAGAGACUUCCACAAUUACAACAACUGCACCAGAAAUGUCCACCAUGAGUGCAGCAGAAACAUCUACAACAACCAAGACAUCCACAAUCACAACGACUGCUCCUGAAACAUCCAUCACUACUGCAGCAGAAACGUCUUCAGUAACAGAGACUUCCAGACUCCCAACUUCUGCUGAAACAUCAACAACAGUAUUCACAACUUUUGCUGGAACUACUACUGCAGGACUUUCCACAACAGCACCACAAACAACAUAUACUGCAGAACCUGUGGUUUCCACUUCAACCACUUUCAGAACAGCAACAACAUCCACAACACCAACAGCUACAACAACACAUAUUUCAACAGUGACAUCAACUCCUUUUGGAACUACUACUGCAGGACCUUCCACAAUACCACCACAAACAAUAUCUACAACAGUAACUUCUGUGAUUCCUACUUCAACCAGGACUGAAAGCACCACUGUCAGCACACCAACAACAUCCACAACUCAAACAGCUGCAACAACACAUCUUUCAACGGUAACACCAACUCCUGUUGGAACUACUACUGCAGGACCUUCCACAACACCACCACAAACAACAUCUACAACAGUAACUUCAGUGAUUUCCACUUCAACCAGUACUGAAAGCACCACUGUCAGCACACCAACAACAUCCACAACAUCAACAGCUACAACAACACAUCUUUCAACAGUGACAUCAACUCCUGUUGGAACUACUACUGCAGGACCUUCCACAACACCACCACAAACAACAUCUACAGCAGUAACUUCUGUGAUUCCUACUUCAACCAGUACUGAAAGCACCACUGUCAGCACACCAACAACAUCAACAGCUACAACAACACAUCUUUCAACAGUGACAUCAACUCCUGUUGGAACUACUACUGCAGGACCUUCCACAACACCACCAGAAACAACAUCUACAGCAGUAACUUCUGUGAUUCCUACUUCAACCAGUACUGAAAGCACCACUGUCAGCACAGCAACAACAUCCACAGCACCAUCAGCUACAACAACACAUCUUUCAACGGUAACACCAACUCCUGUUAGAACUACUACUGCAGGACCUUCCACUACACCACCACAAACAACAUCUACAGCAGUAACUUCUGUGAUUCCUACUUCAACCAGUACUGAAAGCACCACUGUCAGCACACCAACAACAUCAACAGCUACAACAACACAUCUUUCAACAGUGACAUCAACUCCUGUUGGAACUACUACUGCAGGACCUUCCACAACACCACCAGAAACAACAUCUACAGCAGUAACUUCUGUGAUUCCUACUUCAACCAGUACUGUAAGCACCACUGUCAGCACAGCAACAACAUCCACAGCACCAUCAGCUACAACAACACAUCUUUCAACGGUAACACCAACUCCUGUUGGAACUACUACUGCAGGACCUUCCACAACACCACCACAAACAACAUCUACAACAGUAACUUCUGUGAUUCCUACUUCAACCAGUACUGAAAGCACCACUGUCAGCACACCAACAACAUCCACAACAUCAACAGCUACAACAACACAUCUUUCAACAGUGACAUCAACUCCUGUUGGAACUACUACUGCAGGACCUUCCACAACACCACCACAAACAACAUCUACAGCAGUAACUUCUGUGAUUCCUACUUCAACCAGUACUGAAAGCACCACUGUCAGCACAGCAACAACAUCCACAACACCAACAGCUACAACAACCCAUCUUUCAACAGUGACAUCAACUCCUGUUGGAACUACUACUGCACUACCUUCCACAACACCACCACAAACAACAUCUACAGCAGUAACUUCUGUGAUUCCUACUUCAACCAGUACUGAAAGCACCACUGUCAGCACAGCAACAACAUCCACAGCACCAUCAGCUACAACAACACAUCUUUCAACGGUAACACCAACUCCUGUUGGAACUACUACUGCAGGACCUUCCACAACACCACCACAAACAACAUCUACAACAGUAACUUCUGUGAUUCCUACUUCAACCAGUACUGAAAGCACCACUGUCAGCACACCAACAACAUCCACAACAUCAACAGCUACAACAACACAUCUUUCAACAGUGACAUCAACUCCUGUUGGAACUACUACUGCAGGACCUUCCACAACACCACCACAAACAACAUCUACAGCAGUAACUUCUGUGAUUCCUACUUCAACCAGUACUGAAAGCACCACUGUCAGCACAGCAACAACAUCCACAACACCAACAGCUACAACAACCCAUCUUUCAACAGUGACAUCAACUCCUGUUGGAACUACUACUGCACUACCUUCCACAACACCACCACAAACAACAUCUACAGCAGUAACUUCUGUGAUUCCUACUUCAACCAGUACUGAAAGCACCAUUGUCAGCACAGCAACAACAUCCACAACACCAACAGCGACAACAACACAUCUUUCAACGGUAACACCAACUCCUGUUGGAACUACUACAGCAGUACCUUCCACUACACCACCACAAACAACAUCUACAGCAGUAACUUCUGUGAUUCCCACUUCAACCAGUACUGAAAGCACCACUGUCAGCACAGCAACAACAUCCACAGCACCAUCAGCUACAACAACACAUCUUUCAACGGUAACACCAACUCCUGUUGGAACUACUACUGCAGGACCUUCCACAACACCACCACAAACAACAUCUACAGCAGUAACUUCUGUGAUUCCUACUUCAACCAGUACUGAAAGCACCACUGUCAGCACAGCAACAACAUCCACAACACCAACAGCUACAACAACAGGACCCUCAGCUACAAGGACAAUACCUGAACUUGUGUAUCUAACAGAUCUGGUGUUCCGCUCUUUAGAUAUCUUUACAGAUGAACUCAGUAAUCAAAAUUCACAGAUCUUCAAGGAAAGGGCUCAGCUUGUCAUAUUUCAUCUUUAUCCAAUCUACAAAGCAAAAUUUCCUUCCUCCUUUAUCAGAGUGAAUGUCUUAAGUUUCCGUUCUGGGUCAAUCAUCACAGAAACCCAACUAGCUUUUAACUCCACACAAGCUGUUCCAACCGUUCAAGAGAUUUCAGACACUCUCUUUACAGCAGUGAUAAAAGGAGAUGUCAAUCUACUGAACAUAACUCCUUAUUCAAUUUCAGUCAAUGGUUCAAUUAUAAACGUGACUACUUCAACUACAGCAUCAACAACAACGACAACAAAACCCUUGACAUCUACAACUAAAGUGCCUUCACCUACAACUACACAAUUUGUACCUGUGUACAUAACAGCUCUGGUUUUCCGCUCUUUAGACGUAUUUAUAAUUGAUCUCAGUAAUCAAAGCUCUCAGGCCUUCAAGUCAAGAUCUGAGCUUGUCAGAUCUCAGCUUGAAACCAUCUACAGAGCAAAAUAUCCUUCCUUCAUCAGAGUGAAUGUAUUAAGUUUCCGUCCUGGGUCAAUCAUCACAGAAACCCAACUAGCUUUUAACUCCACACAAGCUGUUCCAACCGUUCAAGAGAUUUCAGACACUCUCUUUACAGCAGUGAUAAAAGGAGAUGUCAAUCUACUGAACAUAACUCCUUAUUCAAUUUCAGUCAAUGGUUCAAUUAUAAAUGUGACUACUUCAACUACAGCAUCAACAACAACAACAACCACACCGACAACAACAACAAAACCCUUGACAUCUACAACUAAAGUGCCUGCAACUACAACUACACAAUUUGUACCAGUGUACAUAACAGCUCUGGUUUUCCGCUCUUUUGACAUAUUUAUAAUUGAUCUCAGUAAUCAAAGCUCUCAGGCCUUCAAGUCAAGAUCUGAGCUUGUCAGAUCUCAGCUUGAACCCAUCUACAGAGCAAAAUAUCCUUCCUUUAUCAGACUUAUUGUCUUAAGUUUCCGUCCUGGGUCAAUCAUCACAGAAACCCAACUAGUUUUUAACUCCACACAAGCUGUUCCAACCGUUCAAGAGAUUUCAGACUCCCUCCUGUCAGCAGUGGUAACAGGAGGUGUUGAUCCACUGAACAUAAUCCCUUCAACGGUUUCAGUCAAUGGUUCAGUUAUAACUACGACUGUAGCUGCAACUACAACAACAACUGCAGCUGCAACUUCAGCUUCAAGUGGAUUGAAGAUUCAAUCCAGCCUAUUCCAAGCAACAUGGCUCAUUAUUAUGGCAAAAAUAUUACAACUUUUCCUAUAGAUCCCUUAACAAUGAAUGUGAGUUGCGAGAAAUGAAAGGCAUGUACAAGGCACAAAUUAUAUUAGCAAAUUAUAUUGUUUUUGUAUGUGUGUUUGUGUAUUGUGUUAUUUAGUAUUAUAGCACACUUUCAACAUUGAUUCUAAGAAGCACAAUUUGUAAUUAGAAAAAAUAAUAUAUACAUAUUUAUUUAUCAGCAGGUUGUAGUAAUCAAUCAAGUAAGGACAAUUCCUAUUUCCUCAGUAUUUUAAAUGUAAUGCUUUUGUUCACUUGUCUGCAGGUUAAAGACUAUUUAUACUGUAAUUUUAUUUUGUCUAGUAUGUGGUAACAUUCCAAGAUCUUAUUUUAUCUUAUUAUAAUCAAAUAUUUAUUAAGUUCACAUCAUCCAAAGUUGUAUGAUUGUUUGUAGUAUUUACAUUUAUUUAAAAUGUAAGGGUUUUAUGUUAAUUGAAUUAAAUAAAGUCUUAAUGCAAAUUUAACUUGCAUAGGUCUAAUUCUUUCUUUGCAAACUCUUUAUAGUCUAUUUAUCAAAACUGGAAAUGUAAA